GUCAAGUUAAUACACACAACUAAGAAAAGUGUGGAUUCAGUUUGAGUAUGUCAUAUUUAGUUCCACAUCAUACAUACAUAUUUCCAGAGAACAAUUUUGUGCUCAAUAACAUUUUACAAAAACAAAGAAAAUGAAAUUAAGAAUGUAUUUACAAAAGAUAACGUUUAAUUUUGAUUGACAUGGUCAGAUACAACUAUUCAUCUAAAUAUAGUUGUGUAGGGGUGAUCAAGGGUAUCUCCUCUAUGGGGGUCUUGGGGCACUAGGAGGUUAACCCCUUUACUACUGUUACCCGGGGUGGCCCUUGGCAAAGGCCUAGUACCUGACAGCCCCCUAGCCAGCGAUACGGUGAAGACCUCAACGGCGGAGCAGGCGGAAGAUUUAAGAACUACCACAAGGGCUGCGAUGGCGGAAGAAGGCUGCAGCAGAAAAGGGUCCCCAGUCGUCUUGGACUCCAUGCCACUGGACCCUGACCCGAUUCUGUCAAGGAUCGUGUGGUGGCUGUCUGUGCACCAGUGUACCCAGGUUAAACUAAGUCACGCACAGGCAUCCUCCAUAAAGGGAUACACGUCAUACUUGUUCGAGUGACCGCCGAUGAUCAAGGGUGAUGGGUCAAAUGCAGAGAAUAAUUUGACCACACCUCGUGUGUGUGACAACUUUACUUUAACAACACCGCAUCCUAGAUUAUUAGUCCUGUAGCUGAAUAAGGAAAGUGAAGCAAAACUACAGUAGAAUUGUGUGACUGAUAACGAGGACAUGGAUACAGUGUUUUCAAUAUAAGCACUAUUUAAUUGGUCUAAAGCAUUUAUGACAGCUAAUCAGGCUUAGUGGAUCUGGGUCAACUCCCAUGUGUGUGUGUACACUUCUCCAUCGCCCUUACGUCUACUUUGCUUUACCUGUUCAUUGGACUCAUUCAUGUCAAUCAAGCAGACAGUCCAGGAUGCAGACCUUGACCCAGCAUGUCCCCUUCCCUCGGGCCGCUUACUCCCAAGCCCGGGAAAACCUGGUGAAGGCCAUCCCGCCCAAACUCCUCUGCUUGCUGGCCUGCGGGGGACUGGACUGUCGUUACGAAGGACCAGACUGUUGGAAAGCGAGCCAGCAGGUCAUCCGUGGCAUUUUCUCCUCAUGGGUGACCGAUGACAUCAUCGCUAUGGCACGGCCGUCCACAAUCUUGAUUGAAAAGUUCGACGUUAUAGAACAAUUUCAGAGGUUGAAUAUAAGAUCCAUCAUAAACAUGCAAGUACCUGGCGAACAUGCGCACUGCGGACCCCCUUUGGACCCUGGAAGUGGCUUCACAUACCUGCCGCAGAUCUUCAUGGAGAAUGACAUUUAUUUCUACAACUUUGGGAUGCCAGAUUUCGGCGUGUCCUCCCUCGUCGGCAUCAUCGAUGGCGUAAAGGUGUUGGCCUUCGCUGCGGGGGAGGGAAGGGUUGCUGUGCACUGCCACGCCGGUCUGGGCAGAACAGGUCUGGGCAGAACAGGUCUGGGUUGGGAUUUGCGCUAGCGGGUGUGGAUACACAACUUGACACUGAUUGCUCCACAGGUGUCCUAAUAGCCUGCUACUUAGUCUACACUUUGCGGAUCAGUCCCAGUGAGGCCGUGCACUACGUCCGCAUCAAAAGGCGGGCUGCAGCCAGGGCCACUUGCUGGCUGCAGCCCGCAGAUCGAGGAGGGGCUUAUUUUCCCUCAAUGUGGGCGGGUCUCAACGUUGAGCCCGCGGGCUCCAUCUGGUGGCGGAGAUCCGGCAGCACACAUUCUCAAACGUCAAUAAAGCUACUUUUAACUUGUCAAAUGUAUUUUUUUUACCAUGAAAAAACAAUUAAAAAAAUAUAUAUAUAUAUAUAUAAACCAUAGUAUGAAAAAAGGUUCAUGUAUUUGAUAGACUUAGACAUUCCUACUUUUAACUUGUCAAAUGUAUCUGCCAUCUUUUUUGUAGUUUUAUUCCUUUUUUAUUAUCUUCAUUAUUUUCUGUAUUGAUCCUACACUAUUAUUGUGUUUUUUUGUUACUUCUGAUAUGGCCUUGCCACGGUUUACUUGCUUGUUUAUUUAUUUAUUUUUUGUGUCUUUUUAUUUUGUAUUGUUUUACAUCUGAUCAACUUCUGUGACUUUCCUUUUCUUUUUUAAGUGUGAACGGUGGAGAGGUCCUCGAGAGGUGAUCUUGGGAUCACUUCCUGAGGAUCCUUGAUGCCGAGGAAUGUUCAUCCACUAUGGUCUGGAUAGCCUGUAGCUGAUCCUGAGCCAGAGCGGGAUGGAUGGAUAUAUAUAUA